CGGGCCCCCGGCAUCCUGAGGAGAGAUCAUGGAAACCUUGGCUGAGCCUCGGUGGCCUCCUGGCCUGGCAGUGAUGAAGAGAAUAGAUGAUUUACUGCGAUGUGGAAUUUGCUUUGAAUAUUUUAACAUUGCAAUGAUUAUUCCUCAGUGUUCACAUAACUAUUGUUCUCUCUGUAUAAGAAAAUUUCUAUCUUAUAAAACUCAGUGUCCAACUUGUUGUGUGACAGUCACAGAGCCAGACCUGAAAAAUAAUCGCAUACUAGAUGAACUGGUAAAAAGCUUGAAUUUUGCACGGAAUCAUCUGUUACAGUUUGCUUUAGAAUCACCACCCAUAUCUCCUGCUUCUUCCUCUUCUAAGAAACUUGCUGUCAAAGUACAUACUCCUGGAGGUUACCGACAUUCUUUAAAGCAGGGGAGCAGAUUAAUGGACAAUUUCUUGGUUAGAGAAACUAAUGGUUCUAUAUCAGAGUUGUCAAUGAAAGAAAAUGACAUUAAAUUUAGCCCACAGAAAGAGGCAAGCACUUCUCUGGAGACCAAAGCGGCAUAUUUUAUGGGAAAGACAGCCCUUGGCUUCUCAGAUACUAAUGGUCAUGAGAUACCCUCUACGUCCACUUUGAAGCAAGUUUCUAAAGUGGAUUGUCCUGUUUGUGGAGUUAGCAUUCUAGAAAACCACAUCAAUAAACACUUAGACAGCUGUUUAUCACGUGAAGAGAAGAAGGAAAGCCUCAGAAGUUUUGUUAACAAAAGGAAGCCACUGCCCAAAACGGUGUAUAACUUGCUCUCUGAUCGUGAUUUAAAGAAAAAACUAAAACAGCAUGGAUUGUCUACUCAAGGAAAUAGACAGCAGCUUAUUAAAAGGCAUCAAGAAUUUGUACAUAUGUACAAUGCCCAAUGUGAUGCUUUGCAUCCUAAAUCAGCUGCUGAAAUAGUCCAGGAACUUGAAAACAUGGAAAAGACCAGGAUGCGUCUUGAAGCAAGUAAACUCAACGAAAGUGUAAUGGUUUUUACGAAGGACCAAACAGAAAAGGAAAUAGAUGAAAUUCACAGUAAAUAUCGUAAAACGCAUCAUAAUGAAUUUCGGCUUCUGGUGGAUCAGGCAAAAAAAGGAUACAAGAAAACUGACGGAAUGCCAAAAAACAAAGUAAUGAAAAAAGAUGAAUCUACAGAAAAGCUGUUAUGCAUGCAUAUGGGACAGGAAGAUGAUAAAAUGAAAUUCUCAGAUACAACCUCAGUAAGAAAUCACUUUCCUCCAUCAAAUCUAUGCUCCCCAGAAAAGAUGAAGCCUGAUAGACAAGAUGAUUCUUCUAGUUGUACCGAUAUUCAGGAAUCAGCUCUUUAUUCAUCGGAAUCAGGUUCAUGCAAUAGUUCCAGUUCAGACAUCAUAAGAGAUCUUCUGGAAGAAGAGGAAGCCUGGGAAGCAUCACAUAAAAAUGAUCUUCAAGACAUAGAAAUAAGCCCAAGACAGAAUCGCCGCACAAGAGCAGCUGAAAGUGCUGAAAUUGAACCAAGAAACAAGCGUAAUAGGAAUUAG